AUGAUACCGCUAUCACCUGUCCUCAAUCCAACUUCCCCUUCCAUAUCAUUUUCACCCAGCCCGUCACCUCGACCUUCUAUAUCUUCUCUCAGUGGACCACCUCUCACGCCGAUAUACGAGAUGGACAAGAUCAGUUCCGACUUGAUAGUCAGUACCACCGACGAGAUAGAAGACGGGGAUGGAGUGGUCAUACCUAUCGACAAUAGCACCAAAAACGUGAAAAAUGCUAGAGCAAGUCUACCCACUCUGACAGUUCCCCCACCAUCAUUCAGCAACUAUUCCUUCGGAGAUCCUUCACCUUCCGCAUCAUCUUCUGAAUCAUCUAUAGGACGUACGCCCAGUCCACUUUCAUCCGUAGAGGACAUCGCAUUACCUUCAGAAGGGUUCAAAUUCGGUACAUGUCCCUCGACGUCCUUCGUGGGUACCCCAACAGCCGAACAGGGCCCAUUCGAAUACCCUUCAUCAUCCUCAUCCACCCUGUCUAUCAGUCCACCUGUUGGUUCACCGACAUUAGCGAGAAGAGGUAGUCUUGCCCUGGGAAUGACCCAUCGUAGAGGAUCAAUCAUACCCCCUCACUCCAACAACACUUCCAAUUCAAGUGCACUGUCACCUCCACCUACCCGUCGAAGCUCCACCUGCUCCACUAUAACCACCCUUCCCGCAGCUGGUCGACGUCCUUCCAUCGUCCAUUCAGCCACCGUCGAAGUGGCUUUGCCUCAGACAACCGCACCCGUAGACGAAUCACAUCAACCAACAACUUCGGCAAGUUCAUCUCGUCGCCCUUCCGUUCUCAUGUUCCCUUCCAAACCCCUUCCUGCACCUAUACCUCCCUCGCUCCUAGCCAGACGGGGGUCCUUGCCCGUAGACAGACUAUUCGGCAUACCUCUAUCCUCCGAGCAAUUAAACAACGGUAGGACCAGGGCGAGCUAUUCAUCCGGUUCAGCCACCAUAUCCACCGCAUCGCUAUACCUUCGUAGGCAGAGCGUGGUAUCUGAAAGUGGAUUUUCAAACGGGUCGGGUGCAACAGUGAUGAAUGACGAUGGGAAUGGAUAUCCAAAUGGCGUUAGAAGACCAUCAAUGAGGACUCGAAUGCCCUCUGCCGACUAUACACCUCAAACCGCCUCCUCAGUUAGAAGAGGAUCAGUAUCGUUCUUCCCUUCCCAGCCUUCCCAGCUCAAUACCGACUCGCCCGUUAGAUCAUCUUCCCUAUCUAGUCGUUCUAGCGUAUCUUCCCAAAGAAGUUCCAUCUCAUCUUCGAGGAUACCCAUUAAUUUCUCACCCCGACAUCCCAAUUACGCCUACCUCUCUUCUCGGCAAAGUUCAACAACCAGUUUAACGCCCAGCACUCGUUCUUCUUCUUCGACUUCCGCUUCCGUACCAUGCUCGCCUAUAGCUGGAUACAACCUUAGGAGGAAUCGGAACUCCACGGUGAAUAGUAAUCCGGGAUUGAGCAGUUCAGGAGAAGAAGACGAACAUGAAGAGGACAACCAACUGUUACCUACGCCCAAUCCAAGUCAAUUCGCCAACAGUGCUGCUCAAGCAGGUAUACCGACUUUUGUGGACCCCUGGUCAUCGUCAUCUUCGAUAGAUAGUAAAUUGAGUGAAAUGAGCAUGGAAGAGAAAUCGUUCAGUAGUGGUGGUAGUAGUAGUAGCAUGAUACCAUUAGAGACUCCUCCGCUGGAGACCGUAGUGGAAAGACCACCUUUGGAAAGUAUAGAUAGUGGAGCGACCGAAAGACCUUAG